CUUCCUCGUAGACUGAAGUCCCAUGCCAUCUGCCCAUACCCUGUUCUUAUGCUCUCCUCGGUACACGACAACCUUAACGUAAUCCCAAACUCCCCUGAUCUUCUUUCUCUCUCUCUCUCCACUCUGAAAGUGCUUAUAUUUUAUAGGUUAGUAAAUCACCUAAACUCCCUUCUUAACUUUCCUUUCCCUUGCUUGAAGAAAUCAGCUCGACUUGCUUUAAUGGCUAAUAUCUAUUUUUGGUUUUUUCCAGUGUAUUUCUUGUGUCGGUGAUUUAUGCUCGUCGAGUUGUGGUUGUGGAAGAAUAAAACCAACCCUUGUGAGCAAAUACAAGAAGAAGAAGACGAAGAAGAACAAUAAGAGUUAAACAAAGAAAAAUAACUGAAAAAGAUGGUGGAAACGGGACAUAACCACCAGCCACAGCAAACGCAGGCGCCUCCACCGCGCCCAGCUCUCCCUCUGGGAGGAGCAAGGGGUCCCGCUUGGCCUCCCGCUGAGCAACUGGGGCAGCUCCAGUACUGCAUCCACUCCAACCCUUCAUGGGUGGAAGCAUCGUUACUGGCUUUUCAGCACUACAUCGUAGUGCUUGGAACUACGGUUCUGAUUGCCAGUACUCUAGUGCCUCUCAUGGGCGGGAGCCAUGGUGAUAAAUCCCGUGUUAUUCAAACAAUACUUUUUAUGUCGGGACUGAACACACUGCUUCAAACGAUUAUUGGGACAAGGCUUCCUACAGUGAUGGGUGCAUCCUAUGCUUUCGUCAUACCAGUUUUAACGAUUAUCAAUGAUUUAAGUGAUGAGGACUUCACAUCUGAGCAUCAGAGGUUUGCCCACACUAUGAGAACGAUUCAAGGAUCCCUAAUUGUAUCUUCCUUUGUCAACAUCAUUCUUGGAUAUAGUAAGGCAUGGGGGACUUUGACAAGGUUAUUCAGUCCCAUUGUUCUUGUACCAGGGGUUUGUCUAGUGGGCCUUGGUCUGUUCAUGAGGGGCUUCCCACUGCUUGCCAACUGUGUGGAGAUUGGCCUGCCCAUGCUUAUUCUGCUGGUUGUUAUCCAGCAGUAUUUAAAGCGCGUUCAUCCUAAGGGCCAUUUCAUAGUUGAGAGGUUUGGGUUGCUUUUUUGUAUUGGUAUUGUCUGGGCUUUUGCAGCUAUCCUCACUGAGGCUGGUGCUUACAACAAUGUAAAAGAGCAGACUAAGAGGAGUUGCCGCACAGAUCGUUCGUACCUUAUACAAUCUGCUCCUUGGAUUAAAAUUCCUUACCCAUUUCAGUGGGGUACUCCCAUAUUCAGAGCGAGCCAUGUCUUUGCAAUGAUAGGGGCAGCACUUGUUACAUCUGCAGAGUCAACUGGAACAUUUUUUGCAGCAGCACGUCUUGCAGGUGCAACGCCCCCUCCAGCACAUGUUCUCAGCCGAAGUAUUGGCCUGCAGGGUAUUUUCUUGCUGCUUGAAGGCAUCUUUGGUGCUGCAGUUGGUACUACAGCAUCUGUUGAAAAUGUUGGCCUCCUUGGACUGACUCACAUAGGGAGCAGAAGAGUGGUGCAGAUUUCAACUGCUUUCAUGAUCUUCUUCUCCAUAUUUGGGAAAUUUGGUGCCUUCUUUGCAUCUAUUCCUUUACCAAUAUUUGCUGCAAUCUACUGUGUUUUAUUUGGCUUUGUUGCUGCUGUUGGGAUCUCAUUAAUGCAGUUCGUAAACAAUAAUUCCUUGAGAAACCUCUACGUUUUGGGUCUGUCCUUGUUCCUUGGAAUAUCUGUACCUCAAUAUUUUAUCAUGAACACCAAUCAGACUAAUGGAAAUGGACCAGUUAGAACAGGUGGUGGAUGGUUCAACAGCAUCAUUAACACAAUAUUCUCGUCGCCACCAACUGUGGCGAUAAUCGUCGGGACGGUCCUUGAUAACACGCUAGAGUGGAAGCACACAUUUAAUGACAGAGGACUGCCGUGGUGGGUUCCCUUCCAAAAUAGGGAUGGAGAUGUGAGAAAUGAUGAGUUCUAUCGCCUUCCUUUAAGGAUAAAUGAGUAUAUACCUACCAGAUUUCUCUAAAUAACUCUUACCCUCGUGUAUAUUAUAGCUAUAUACUAAGGAAAAAAAACUAUUGGUUUUGUUAUGUGUAAAACUAGGUGUGUUCUAAUUAUAUAAGAUUGUAUUGUCCACAUAUCGGUUUUCGAUUGGCCAUGUCCCUGGCUUCUUUACCUGCUACCCGACUCUCGGAUGACCCUUUUUUCCGGUAGCCAAAUGCAUGGAACUCUUGCGCGGUUCGGCUCCUGCAGGCAGCAUUGAUAGAAGGGGAACUGAGGGGAUUCUUUCUAAUCUAUGCUAUGUGGAAAAGGGAAGUAACUCAUAAACCAACAGAUGAGCUUUGGAUAUGUUGCUAGGUUUGCACCUGAAUUUUGGAAUUCAGAUACUUGUGGAUCAUUACUACUUGUUUUGAAAUAUUAGCAUUUAUGUAUAAUGUUUUCUAAA